AAUCUCCUGCGAAGGAGAGCGCAAGCAGGCGGCUGUCGCUGGUGUCUAGCUGGAGAGCGCUUUGACUGAACGGCCGUACUUGGAUUUGGUCCUGUCAACGAGAGUCAGAACUGUAAAACUGUGCCUGGUAUCAACGUAUGUUUGGAUAUCUUUCCCCACUACAGUAACACUUCAACCGUAGAGGUUCCGGACCCAUCCUGAGACCGGAACACCGGGCCGCAGAGGGACAAGAGGAAAGUACUGCGCAAGGUGAGACAGAGGGAAGCAGAUCAGGUCUGUAGGCAGGGGGCUCUGAGGGGAGCGUAUGGAGGAGUCAGAGAGCAGAGGAGACCCCUGACCUGUCCUGACAAACGCAGAGCUGCCCCGGCAACACACCCGGGCCACACAAGGAGACGGACAAGGAGCACCCACUCCUUUCGCAGGCAUGAGGUCCUUCCGUUCGUUCGGUAUCGAUGACCGACACGUCAUGGCCAAACACUCCACCRUCUACCCAUCGUCGUCUGAACUGGAGGCGGUCCAGACCCUGGUGUCCACCGUGGAGGGUGCCCUCAAACACGUCUCUGAUUGGAUAGACCAGAGCAAUGUCCAAUCGGUGCAGAGUAACAGCCAGGCAGACGCAGCAGCCGGCCAGACCGACGGCCAGCCGAACCCCACAGACAGCACGGCGACAGAGGACGCUAGUGCUGACCAUGACGACGACCUUAACGACGACCCCGACGUUAGUCCCAGCGCCAGCCCAGAUGACUGCACAGACAGCAGCAGCAGGGAGCCUGGUGGAGGUGUGCUGUGUGGGGUGAUGAGGAUCGGCCUGGUGGCUAAAGGUCUGCUCAUCAAAGAGGACAUGRACCUGGAGCUGGUGCUGAUGUGUCGAGAGAAACCCACAGAUGCACUGCUGUGCACUGUCUGUGAKAACCUGCCCCUGCAGAUACAAAAGUUAACCGAAGAGAAGUACGAGGUGCAGCGCUGUGUGCCAGAGGCAGCCAUCUUGGUGUGUAGUACGACAGAGCCAAAACUCACCCUGAAGGUCACCCUCACCUCCCCGCAGAUGAGAGAGGACAGCGACACGGACGAACAAGUGGAGGGUGUUGAGCUGUCAGACCCUGCAGACAUGCUGGACAGGCACAGAUGCCUGGUUGCCCUGGCGGCUCUGCGACAUGCCAAAUGGUUCCAGGCCAGAGUAAACGGGUUGAAGUCGUGUGUCAUCAUCCUCAGGAUCCUGAGAGACAUGUGCAAUAGACUACCAGCCUGGGAGCCGCUGAAAGGAUGGCCCCUGGAGCUGAUCUGUGAGAAGGCCAUAGCCACGUGUAACCGGCCGCUGGGUGCAGGGGAGGCCCUCCGUAGGGUCAUGGAGUGUCUCGCCUCAGGAAUCCUCCUUCCAGGAGGACCAGGGUUACACGACCCAUGUGAGAAGGAGCUGACCAACACCCUAACGGCCAUGACAGACGAGGAGGCAGAGGCCAUCACAUACAGCGCACAGCACGCUCUGAGACUGAUGGCGUUCGGUCACAUCUACAAGGUGCUGGAGAUGGACCCUCUCCCCUCUAGUAAACCCUCCCAGAAGUACCCCUGGUCAGACAAGGAGGGCUCGGGGCUGAAGAGGCCCUACGAGGACGGGCCCACGGACGACAAAGACCUCAUCAAGAAAAUGAAGAGGAACCUGAGGAAAGUGCUCGACAGCAAAGCGAUAGACACCAACCAACCAAUGAAUGCUCUGAUGCGUCUGAAUCAGAUACGUCCAGGUCUGCAGUACAAGCUGCUGUCCCAGUCCGGCCCGGUCCACGCUCCUGUCUUCACCAUGUCUGUCGACCUAGACAGCACCGUCUACGAAGCCUCAGGCUCCUCCAAGAAGACCGCCAAGCUGCAUGUCGCUGUCAAGCUGCGGUCAGACUGGGAUGCCCUGUCCCCCGUCCCCCCUUCUCCUGCUCGCCCCCGCUCCUGGCUGCUGUGGAGCGCCCAAAUCUGGGUCCGAACUCAGGGUCCUAUUCUGACGGCCAGCGGUAAGAACCCCGUCAUGGAGGUGAACGAGACCAGGGGUCUGAAGUACGAGCUCAUAUCAGAGAGCGGGGGCAGCCACGACAAACGCUUCGUCAUGGAGGUGGAGGUGGAUGGUCAGAAGUUCCGCGGGGCGGGGCCUAAUAAGAAGGUGGCGAAGGCUUCGGCUGCGUUGGCCGCUCUCGAGAAACUCUUCUCUGGCCCCAACGCCGCCGCCAACAGCAAGAAGAAGAAGAUCAUCCCACAACAUGCCACUAAAGGAGCACUAGCUGCAGCAGCGGCAGCCUCGGCAGUAGCAGCCCAGGUGGCCAGAGGGAGAGGUAGAGCRGCAGCCCUGACCAGAGGAGCCUUCAUCAGCGCUGCCGCACCAGGAUACACACAGAUACCAGGCUUCGGGACUCCAUAUGGAUACAGUGCUGCAGCCGCCCCAGCCUACGGUUUCUCCCCCAAGAGAAUGCUUCUGUUGCCUGUCAUGAAAAUGCCUGCCUACCCCAUCCCCCAUUACUCCUUCUUUUAGCACAGGGACACCAAAACACCCCACUGUAUUUUUUUUAGAAGGGAAUCUGAGUCUUUUUGUUUUUUUCAACAUAUCGAGGGGGGGAACUGAACUAAAGGACUUCAGCAUGAUUUGUAAAAGAAGUUAAUAUUUUUUUUUUUUUACUGUUUCCAACUUUUACUGAUUAAAAAAACCUGCAGGUU